AUGACUUCAACCGAAAUCGGAAAUCUGUUCUCUGUCAAGGGACGAACUGCUUUGGUGACUGGAGGAACAAGUGGCAUCGGGCUUAUGAGUGCGAAGGGUCUCGUGACUAAUGGAGCUCGCGUCUAUGUUUGUGGGCUGGAGAGCGAUCCUAUAGCUGAUGUUGAAAAAGAAUUGAAUGAGUUAGGAAAGAGUUCUGGCGGGUCUGCCUAUGGUUUUCCAUGCGAUCUCACAUCCAAAGAAGGAAUCGAAGCAGUUUCAACACAACUCCGCUCCCACGAAAGCCAUCUCGACAUCCUGAUUUCCAACGCCGGCAUCAGACGAGACCCUCCCAUUCCAUGCAAUCCUCUGACCGCCUCACUCACUGAGCUACAGACUUCUCUCUGGUCCUCAAAACACGAGGACUGGACGCGAUCGUUCCAAAUCAAUACCAUGGCACACUACUAUCUUUCCGUCGCCCUCCUGGAUCUCCUUGUUGCUGCGGGUGACAUCGAUAUGCCGGAUGGAAGCAAAGGCCGUGAUCAUGGGCGCGGGGUUGUGGUGGUUACGUCCUCGAUAGCGAGUCUCCAUAAUGCGACCAAUGUCGAUAUGAUGAGCUAUGCGAGCACGAAAGCUGCGACUGAUCAUCUGGUCAGUUUGCUUGCUGCGAAGUUUGCGAGGUGGUAUGUUCGAGUUGUGGGUAUCAAUCCUGGUUUUGUUCCUAGCAAUAUGAAUCCGAUGGGUACAGGGAAAGGGGCUGAUAUCUUUGGAGAUUUGGUACAGAAAGUACCUGCAAAGAGAGCUGGAGAGACAGACGACCUUGCAGGUAUUAUACUAUUCCUUGUGAGUAAGGCCGGUGCAUAUGUCGAUGGGAGAUGUAUUGCGAUUGAUGGUGGGAGGACUCUGUUCGCAAAUGGACAGGUAUAA